AUGAAACAACGAGGUCAUCCUAAUUUAGAUGUACAUUUAGAUGUAGCAGUCUGUGUAGCAGUUACUAUGAUUGCUGAAUUUGAUUGGUACAAUCUGGACGCUGAGUACGGGAAACCAAAUCAAUCGGAUAUUAUAGUGGAGUCGGAUCCAGCCACCGUUCCAGAGCAGGAGGAGAAACAACCGACUGACGAUCGCUCAACGAAUGGACACAGUUCGGAAGCGAGUGGAAGUGAUUUGGAAAAUGUGGAAUACAAUCUGGAUGAAGCCUACAAAACGAUCGCCCCGAUCGUUCCGCCACCAGAUAUUAUUCAGAAAAACCCUAUGACUCCGCGGAACGGGAAAAUCCCGUACAACAGUAUUUCUUUUAAGGAAUUGAUGACACUGAUCGAGAAAAUGACCGCACGCCGGGUCACACCGCCCAUGACGAUGUUAAAUAACAUAUUGGAUUGUUCAUCCCACUGUUGCAAACCUGUAGACGAUUCAAAGAAACUUGAGAGUCCAGCCAGCCAGAGCGGUGGUGCGGUGGCAUCCGGAGAGGAUUUGAUGCUUCUAAGUCAGUCUGACUCCAGCCACUGCACUGGACAGGAAGAAGCUGGUGGACCGUGGGCAGGUGAUUCGGCAAUUAUCUUUUGCCGCACUUUCGGUGGCGGUGGUUGCACAGUGCUGCUCCCAACGCGGAUCCAUUCCCGUGUGGCGAUGUGCGAUAACCUUUUGUACCAUUGUGAACAACAACAACAACAACAACUACAACACCGACAACAACAACAACAACAACAACAACAACAACAACAACAACAACAACAACAACAACAACAACAACAACAACAACAACAACAACAACAACAACAACAACAACAACAACAACAACUGCAACUGCAGCAGCAACAACAACAACAACAACAACAACAACAACAACAACAACAACAACAACAACAACAACAACAACAACAGCAACAACAACAACAACAACAACAACAACAACAACAACAACAACAACAACAACAACAACAACAACAACAACAACAACAACAACAACAACAACAACCACAACAACAACCACAACAACAACAACAACAACAAGAACAAGAACAAGAACAAGAACAAGAACAA